AUGGCAACAACACACCCAUUGCAAUGGACUGACAACCAGCAUGCCACCACUCAUUAUGUCAAUGUCAGGUCGCCUCCAUUGGUACUCAAAGGUGGAAGUGAAGGAGGAAGAGGAGGAUACGUUGACUUGAAUAUCUUGUACAAUGACGAUGACGACGACGAUAAUGACGAUGAUGAUGGACGUAUCCAUGGCAACAACAGCAGCAGCAGCACUGAAGAAGAGGAGGAAGAAGAAGAAAAGGAGGACAAGCUUGCGAAUGUAUCAUUGUAUAAGCGAUCGGCUGCUGAGAGGAUCGAAUGGCAACAAAUGCUUCAUUCAGUAUUGAUGGGCCAAGUGAUCCAGUCUGAGAAGAAGCGAUUUACGGUGAUCCGGAAAGAACAAUCCAAGCCUACAGCGGAGAUAUGGAUUUCGAUUCGUGCAUUACUGCGAGGUCACACAUUGCAAGAUGAACGUCGAUUUCUGGAUCAUAGUCGACGUGAGAUGUACGACGUGGUCAAAAUGAUUUACAACUUUUGCGUGGACGAUCAACAAGAGGAACAGCCUUACGACCAAGUAGCAGGUGCGUUGCGUACAGUGGAUCGUGUGGAGAGCCUUUUUGCAACUCGUGCCGACCUUGUUGAAGCCUAUCCGGAUUAUGCAGCUGCCGAAUGCCAGAGACGUCUUGAUGCUCUCAAUGCAUGGUACACAACCACACAUAGUCUCAGGAUGCAGAAAUGUAUAUUGGAGAAUUGGAUGGGAUCAUUGGUUCCCAAGGAUACCUUUGUCGAACGUCUUCUCAAAGAAAGCGCAUUGCAAGACACCUUCAACAAACGUACAUUGUCAGCCCUUCAUUCCUUGCUUGUCAAAUCCAAGGAUACCAUUGUCACCAACAACGCAUUGUUUGUGGAGAUGAAUUUGCCAUCUUUCAUGUCCCGCCUUCGUGAGCUUGCUACUUUUCCUACCUUGCUUAUUCAAGAAGCCCUCAAGUUGCGUUUGACAUAUAAGGACCACAGCCAUGAUGAAAGCGCACCCAAAACAGUCAUUGACACUAUGGUGGAAGAUUAUCGAUCCCUGCUGACAUUGGCUUGUCGUGUGAAGGUGCAAUACGAGGAAUUGGCAAGUCCGGCACCCGGAUGGGAUCUCAUGGGAGAAACAAAGUUUAUGGAUACCGCCGUGUUACAUGAUUCAGUCAGAUUGUACUUUAAAAUGAUCGCUUGGAGACUCAAGAGUGAAAAAGGCAACACCAUACGUCAAUGUGACAUUAUGGAGCGAGAAUGGGAUUAUAUCCGAUAUACGGUGUGCAAAUCAAUUGAUCAAGUGGAUGGUGAAUGCAGUGCCCAAAUAUGUGCAUUGGUAGCCAACACACUCCUUGCCGAUCUCAUUGAGGAUUAUGCAACCCAUUUUCCAAAGUCCCAGCAGGAUUAUUGUCCACCGCCAGAAACAUUCCAUGCGUUAUGGACAAGAACACGCAAGCUGUUACAGUUCUCAAAAUUCUUCCUGAGUCAAUUUGAAAACGCUACAGAGUAUGCUAUCAACCCAGAGAGCAGCAACGCUUUCAUCCAAUCGCUUCAACAAAGUGGUCAUUGCUUGUUGAUUACGGGGACCUUUGAAAAGGAACGUGUAUAUCUUGCUGCAUCACCUACACUUGCAGGACGUGAGGAAGCAAUUACAGCCAUCAUUCAAUCCUCCUUUCUCAGUGACCACCAUGUACCAUCAUCAUCAUCAUCAGCAACACCUACCACAACCACAACCACAUCACCAGAGGAUUACAUUAUAGCCUUUUCACAAUGGCAUGAUAUUGUAUGGAAAGGAUGGGUGCAACGAGUACCAUUAGCGUAUGUGACCAUGGGGCUCAAAGCAAAUCGUGCACGGAUCAUCUCGAACCACCGAUUAAAUUCUGCAAAGUCGGCAUUUAUACACAGCACGCACGGUUGUGUAACCACCCCAACAACGAGCAGCAUGCUGGAUGCGAUUCAUGAACACAAAGCCAACUUGACUUGUAUCAACAAAGAACUCCUUGGUGUCAAAAGCAUCGUGUUGAGAUUAGCACACGCCAAUAUUGAAAAUAUGGACGCCAUCCAUGUGCCUGGAGCUGACCCUGAUCUUGUGCAAGAGAGCUUUGGUGCUGCAAGUGAUUUAUGCAUGCGUGCAUCUCGAUUUUUGGAUAAGAACACGCGACAUCAGCUGGAUACCAGGUUACUUCAAUUGGCUAUUCGAUGGAUGGCAUUCAUCACAAACGAAUGCACUCCCACAGAUCGCCGUACUUUUCGAUGGGCUGUAACAGCACUUGAUUUUGCGCAGGUGGUGACAAGGGGCAACAACGUUCUCAUGCUUCAAGAUAAUGACUACAUGCGUCUGCAACAUUACGUAGCACGAUGCAUCACAUUAUUGAUUUCACACUUUGAUGUGCUUGGUACACGAUGGCGUGAAUAUGAUUUGACUACCGAGCAACGUAGAAGAAGAAUGAUGCAACAACGACGACAAAAGCGUGGUGCAAGUAAACGCCAUUCAUACAAUCGACACCACCAAGAGGAUGAAGAAGUCGAUGAUGAUGCAGCAGCGGUAGCAGCAGCAGCAGCCAACAUGCGCUUUAUACGUAAUGAAUGGAUGAGACACAUUCGUAUGCUCGAAGAGACUCGUAACGCCAAUGAGCGAGAAAACAAAUUGGUGGGCCGUGUUUUGGAAGAUCAGAAGCCAGAGGAUCGAUCCAUGUUGUAUUUGGCACCAUCCGCAUCCAGUAUUUCAUUUCGAUGGCAACAAGGACGCUUUAUUGGUGCAGGCACAUUUGGCUCGGUGUAUCUUGCCAUUAACUUGGACACUUCUUGCAUGAUGGCAGUCAAGGAAAUACGAUUCCCAGAUUCAGAUACCUUAUCAUCUUUUCACAAAAAUAUCAAAGAGGAAAUGGAAGUCAUGGACAUGCUCAAUCAUUCAAACAUUGUACAAUACUACGGCAUGGAGGUGCAUCGAGACAAGGUGUACAUCUUUAUGGAGUAUUGUGAAAAUGGGAGCUUGGAAUCAUUGUUGCAGCAUGGUGGCUGUAUCCAGGAUGAACGAUACAUUGUCGACUAUGCACAUCAGCUACUAAGAGGUCUUGCUUAUCUUCAUGAAAACAACGUGGUGCAUCGUGACAUCAAACCUGAUAAUAUUUUGAUCGAUUACCAAGGCGUUGUCAAGUUGUCUGAUUUUGGUACAGCCAAAGUACUUGUGGCACAGGGUCAACAAAAGACAGCCAAUCGAACAGCAUCCUCCUCCUCCAUGGCGACGAAUAACAAUACGCUUGCUGGUACACCCGUUUACAUGGCCCCUGAAAUCAUCACCGGUGGAAACAAGGGGCGUAUGGGAUCCAUGGAUAUUUGGUCGCUAGGGUGUUGUAUUGUCCAAAUGGCAACAGGACGACGGCCAUGGAGCACAUUGGAAAAUGAGUGGUCGGUCAUGUAUCACGUGGUCACAGGACAACCACCGUUGCCUGAAUGCUCUCAACUAUCACCACUUGGUUUGAACUUUUUGGAGAAAUGUUUUAUCCGCAAUCCAAACAAGCGUCCAACAGCAAAGGAGCUGCUAAAUCACCCAUGGAUCACCAGCUUUGACAAUGUCGAUGACUCGUAUUAG